UCACAUACACACACACACGCACACGCACACUCUCUCUCUCUCUCGUUUGACCUCUCUCUCUCCUCCGAUGGAUCGAGCUCAGAUUCUGUUGCUAGGUCUACCACUCUUCCUCUUCUGUUCAGACAUCUUCAACCUCUUCCUAUCAACACCACCACCACCUCCUCCCAAACCCGACCACCACCCUCACCACCACCACCACCCUCACCCUCACCCUCACCUAACAAACCCUCAGCCUGAUGUUCAACAAACCCUAGAUUUUCCCACUCAGAAAUCAAGCGGAAUUGGAGCAAUUGGCGUUGGAAACACCGUCAACAUCAACUUCUGCUCUUCUUGUUCCUACAGAGGCAAUGCAGUUACGAUGAAAACUAUGUUGGAAACUGCGUUUCCUGGCGUUAAUGUUGUUUUAGCAAAUUACCCCCCUCCUCUACCAAAACGCCUGCUCAGUAAAGUUGUACCUGUGGUUCAAUUUGGAAUCAUUGGUGUCGUGGUUGCUGGUGAGCAUAUCUUCCCCAGGUUGGGAUUUGUGGCUCCCCCUCCUUGGUACUUCUCCCUUCGUGCAAAUAGAUUUGGAACAAUUUCAGUUACUUGGCUUCUUGGAAAUUUCCUUCAAUCCAUGCUGCAAAGUUCUGGCGCUUUUGAAGUGUACUGCAAUGGGGAAUUGGUUUUCUCUAAGCUAAAGGAGCGGAGGUUCCCUGGUGAAAUCGAGUUGAAGGAUCUUGUUGGCAGACAGGUUAGGGGAGCUUUCUGGUCAUAGUUCUCCCUAGGAAAAAGGGACACGGCGAAAAGGGGUUAGGGUUUUUGUUACUGGAUUUGGGAGGGUACCGUUGGGAUCCAGAGAAAGACUUCGCUCGUUUUCAUAUUACUUGCUAGUGGAAUAAACCAAAUUGAUUGUAUAUUUAACACAUGCUUCAUCAUCAGGCAAAAUAUUAGAUGUGGGAAUGUGUCUUUUAAUAGAUAUCAAGUCUUUACUUUUCCCCUUCUA